CCAGGUGCAUAUUGCUGCUGAUCUCAAAACGUCAGCUUCCUAAAGGUGGUCGCAGGCACACCAAUACGACAUCGAUAGUGCUGUAAUAUAUGUUUCUGGAUUAUUCUUCGUCUCACUUCAAUUAUCUACACACACUUCACUAAUUAGCUUGUCGAACAUUUGCCAUCCAUUGCGGGCGCGCCGCCUCCAACCAUUUCCACAAACCGACGACAUCACCGGCGUGGCAUUUCUCCAAACGUGCAGUCCUUCGUAUGUCUGACGCCAGAUCUCACGCAAGACUCGAUCGCGAAUGAUCGCGACAAAUCCUCGGCAAUUUUGCAUCUACCUGUAUCAAUCUCACGUUGGCGAUGCCGCAUUACACCGACAUGUCUGACGACGUAGAGAUGAUCGAGGCCGUCGGAGGGACAAACUUGAACGAAUGGUACCCAGAGCUUGAUCUGGGUUGGCCAAACCCUGCAGCGCAAUUCAAUCACGGCCGAAAGCGUUCACGGGAAGAAACGGAUGUGUCAAUGGAUGCAGGUGUCAAGAGUCGUUCUGGCUGGGAGAACAAAUUCAAUCCUGUCGUGAGCACAGGCUCAGAUUAUGGUAGCCUGACACCAGAUCUAUCUUCCGAGAGUGGGACAGACGGAGUGCUGUCGCUGUACGAUGGCGCCGUAGAAGAGAUCCCCAGGACCAAGAUGCAGACAGGAUGUAUACCGUGCUUGAUGAAGGGCAUACCUUGUGAUGCCAACAAUCCCGACUGUACACGCGCCAUGUCAGAUCAAUGGGUAUUGAACCAGGGCUCCAUGGGCGAGGAUGACGACGCAUCUGCACUUGGGCUUCCAAGUCUGUCGUUAAUCAGACCAGAUCUGCAAUGGCGACGCAGUUGGCGCGAGCGACAUUGCCUCAAUUUCUUCGUCAACUUCAGUGCGCCCCAGAUGGCUGGCUUCUUCGAUUCGGCUUUCUGGCAACGAAUGGUCAUUCAGACUUCAUACCACGAGCCAGCGAUCCGACACGCGAUCACCGCCAUUGGCGCGCUCCAUGAAUGUAUAAUGCAGCGCGCGUUUGCCGACGAGAAGCAGAAAGCGAAGGCCAUGGAAUUUGCGCUGAGUCAAUGUAACAAGGCCAUCACCUGUCUCACUCAGAACGAGCAGUACUCCACCUCGAAUGGUAACGGAGAACUAGGAAUACCAAGUUCGAGAUUGGCACUCACGACAUGUGUGCUUUUCACUUGUUUUGAGGCUAUGCAAGGCCGUUGCGACAGUGCUGUCAACCAUGCGCUUCAAGGCAGACGUCUCCUCCAGGCUACUGGUCGAUCUGCAGUAACGACGAUGGCGCCUGCCGAAGAUGAUGAUAUAGAACAAAUGCGGCCACUGAUUGAACGUUUAGAAGUGCAGGCCACCGCGCUCUUAGACAAGGGACGACGACCUGAUAUCGACACAACUACCGAGACGCCACCCCUCCCACCUAUCGACCGCAUAUUCAGCCUAGAACACGCUCAUAAUACUCUGCACACAGCUCUCAAUAGCGUGAUGCGCUUCAUGCAAGGCUUCCACCCCACCGGCUCAGCUGAACAUAUCGCUUCUACAAUGACCGAGAAAUAUGUGCGCUAUGCUCCCUGGUUCCUGCAAUGGGAAACCGCUUUCACAGCUUUCCUUUCCAGUCAGCGCGAAUUCAUGUCAAAUGUGGAUCUCAAGCGAGCAAUGGUCCUCAAGGCUAAUCAUCUGGUUGGUACAAUGCUCGCCUCGGUGGAUCAAUCCGCGGGUGCCAUGGCCUACGAUGCCUACGAGUCAGAAUUCAGGGCCAUUGUGGAUCUCGCGAGGGAGGUCCUGGCCUCCUUCUCUUGCCCACCUCUACCAACACUCUCUGGACCAAACUCAGGAACACCAUAUCUCUCUUUCUCCUUAUGGGUGACGGAUCCGCUGUGGAUGGCCAUUUCGCGCUGUCGCAAUCCCACAAUCAGGCAAGCGGCUUUCACUCUCCUUUCGCGAAACCCUCGCCAAGAGGGCAUCUGGCACGCGGGUCCGCAAUUACCCAACUCUAGUCAGUACAUGCGGCGCAGCGAUGUGAGCAGUAACGGCUCGAGCGUAAGGCGACCUUGAUGAAAUCAUGAUCGAGAAUUGGAUCAAGACUUCUGAGCCAGUGCUCCACGGUUUCUCUCGGCGUUUUCGGACAUUUUGGGUCCCAAUACCACGACAAUUAAUCCCGUGAUAUCGCCAUCUCAUGGAGACAUACAAGCUCCUCGCCCGAAUAUAUGAUCCCUACAUGCCCAUUCCGCCAGAGAUCAAUGGAUUUCUCAAUAUUCGUGAACCAGGAAAGUGUCUAGCGGCGACGAAUUUUGGCCGACUUGCCAAGAGUUUCCCUCAGUGGAUUAUAGUUAUCAGGAU